CGUGGAGAAAAUGUUUCGGCAGGUUUUGAUCCAACCAGAUCAGAGAUCCUUGCAAAUGAUUCUCUGGCGUGAAAAACCUACCGAUCCAUUACACGUUUAUGAACUCAAUACGGUUACAUAUGGGCAAACUAGUGCGCCAUAUUUAAGUCAACGCUGUAUACGACAGUUAGCGUUGGAAUGUGGUGAUGACGUCAUCGCGCGCGUCAUUAACCAAGAUAUAUUCGUAGACGAUUUAAUUACGGGAGAUGAUGAUUUCCAGAAUUUACUUGACAUAUGUCAGAAAACGUAUAACGUUCUGCAAUCAGGAUGCUUUCCUUUACGUAAAUGGACCUUUAAUUGUGACGUUUCGCAGGAAAAGUCCCGGGAGCAUUUUGUAGGCGAGCACACACAGAACAAAACCCUAGGGGUAGGUUGGGAUAAUACACGCGAUGAAUUGUAUUAUACCACAAAAAUCGAUCCCUUACCUAACACGUCAUUUUUAAAUAAACGAAUAAUGUUAUCGAUUAUUUCACAGAUUUACGACCCGUUAGGCCUUCUAUCGCCUGCGGUGAUCAUUUCCAAAAUUUUACUACAAAAAUUGUGGUUAAGUCGUAUUGAUUGGGACACUCCGGUCCCUGAUGACAUUACAUCGAUGUGGAACAAUUUCAUAAAUACAUUAAGCCGUUUAAACGAUUUACGAAUUCCGCGUCAUGUAAGGGGCGUGCACACUGCACACACGGAAUUGCAUAUUUUCUCAGAUGCAUCGUUGCAUGCAUACGGCGCGUGCGCUUAUAUUCGGACGUAUGAUGAAGGGUCAGAUGUCACUGUCAGAUUAUUGUGUGCGAAAAGCAAAGUCUCACCCCUGAAAUCAUUGACGAUUCCAAAACUUGAACUGUCAGGCGCGCUCGUUGCUGCUAAGCUUUAUAAGAAAAUAACAGAUUCCUUAAGGUUAGUGUUCACUAAAGUUUACUUCUGGAGUGACUCAACUAUAGUGAUUUCGUGGUUAGGUAUGUCUCCGCAUCUACUGAAGCCUUUUGUUCAAAACCGUGUUACACAAAUAAACGAUUUAACCGGUAAUGCGACAUGGUUCCAUGUGAGAAGCGAAGAAAAUCCUAGUGAUUUAUUGUCUAGAGGCGUUUCUUUAGAUAACUUAAUUGAUUGCAAUUUAUGGUGGAACGGUCCCACAUUUUUGCACGACUCAAAUUCGAAUUUUAUUAAUGACAAUAUAAGUCAAAUUACGAUUAUCACAGAUUUGCCCGAGUUACGAUCGACCGCGGUGAGUUUAGUUUGCACUCAGCAAAAUGAAUUAUUUAAUUUCGACAAAUGUUCAUCUUACUUAAAAUUAAUUCGGAUCGGUGCAUAUGUACUCCGCUUUAUAUUAAACUCACGCACUAACUCUGAGCGUAAACAACUCCGCCAAACCGGUUCGCUAUCAGUGGACGAGUUGGAGGCAUCACGGCGUAUGCUAGUUAGAUUCGCACAGAUGCAAUCAUUUCCGGACGUGUAUGAUUGUUUACUUAAAAAUAAACCGCUUAAGACGAAUAGUAAACAAUAUAAUCGUAUCUCCGGUCUUAACGUAUUUUUAGACGAUCGUUAUAAGUUACAAGUGAUUAGAGUCGGUGGUAGAUUGUGUAAUUCAACAAGUUUCGAUUAUAACAAAAAACAUCCCGUGUUAUUGUGCAGUAAACAUAGGUUGACGGUGUUGUUAUUCAAAUAUGAACACAAGCGGCUGCUGCAUGGCGGACCGCAGCUACUCUUAUCUACUUUGCGUGAAUGUUGGUGGCCGUUAGGUGCGCGAAAUUUGGCAAGGAAAAUCGUUCGAGAAUGCGUUACCUGUAUUCGAAUGAAAGAUCCUACUGACCUAAACCCACUCACGCCUGCUCAUUUCCUAAUUGGUCGGCCGCUGACCUGCCCUGCCAGCGAGGACCUGACGGACGAGGAGCCAUCCCGCCUGUCUCGCUACGCCAGGAUCGAAGCCCUCCGUCAACACUUCUGGCGUCGAUGGGCCAAGGAGUACGUUGCGGAGCUCCAGCGACGAACCAAGUGGAAGACGAAUAAGGACGACAUAGCCUUAAACAGUCUCGUCCUAAUCAAAGACGAUAACCUGCCUCCUCUCAAAUGGCGGUUAGGCCGAGUCACGCGUCUAUAUCCCGGAGGCGACGGCGUGAACCGUGUCGCCGACAUACUCACGGCGACAGGGACGAUACGACGCAGCUUUUCAAAGAUCUGCCCGCUGCUAUCCGAGCCGGCAGACCACAACGAAUGAAGACCAUUUUGGGAGCUGGUGCUCCCAAGGCCGGGGGCAUGUUCACGCAUCACGUAGCGACAUCUAGCGACGCUACGACUGCAACUCCCGCGCAGCCCCUCUCCGCGCUCAUCCUGUGGCGUCCAUUCGCAUCUCUAUACGGCACGAUUAACACCUUACUCGUUGCAUUUAAUAUUUAAGCUUAUAUCGAGCCAUUUUACGUAAUAAACGUAUAUUUAAAAUUAUAAAA